AUGAAAAAGAAUGAUAAAUAUUUUAAUGACUGUGGGGUCAAUGGUGAUGAUCAGGUUCCCGAUGGUGUUGUCUAUACCGAAUUGCAAAGAACGGCAGAGAUUGGAAAACCACUUGUUCUCACAUGCCGGUUCUAUGGAAUGCCAAUCGCGGUUUACUGGAAGAAAGGGGUCGACCCCACGACGGCACCAAAUCUGAUCACGUGGGUGGAAGGAGAAUCUGCUUCCGGGUCAUGUGUUAAUGACAGAUCAUGCAAUAUUACAGUCGACUACUCGCUCUACAUCAGAAGCGUCAAGGUUUCAGAUCAAGGCUCAUACAUAUGUAGGGUAUCAAACCACUGGGGGGUCUUAAUCCAUAACUUUACGGAAGUAACCGUAUUUGCGGCUCCGUCUGAACCGUACCCACUAAUUAAGGAAUGCCAACCUAUCAGCAAUGGCCCACAAUCCUGCAGGCUUCCGGCUUUUGACAGUGUCACUAUCACCUGCACCGCAUCGCAUUACUUUCCCGACAUUGAUCUGUUCUUCCUCCACGAAUCUAUUACGACGAACGCAACAUACUCGCAUAUCGGUGAAGAGACAAACGUGGACGGCACUAAAAACAAAUCGAUUUCCAUCGUCGCCAGGCCGAGUGAAAAUCCCUACGUGUGUGUGGCGUCCCGUAUCCCUAGAUCGCAAGACCGAAGGACAGUUAGUGUAACAGUGUACACUAUUGAGUCAACAGUUGCCAUGACGACAACCCAAACUAAUCAAACGAUUCCACCUCACCAGAGACAUGUAGCAGCCAAAGUUGUUGUACCACUAAUUCUGAUAUUAUUAGCGGUUCUUGUUUGCAUCUUCAUCUGGUGGUAUAAGAAGACACGGGCAUCGAAACACGGGAAAGGGGAUUUGGAAUCGUCGCCUUUGCGCCCGAUGCAAGAUAUCAAAGGGAAGGUUUCUUUUUAUGAAUUAUGGAGCUUGAUACAUCACAUGGACACUAAAUACUCGGAAAAACUACGUGAGGUUCUCAUCUACCUGAAAAUCUGUCGGGCAGAAGACGAACUAACUGCAGACAAUGCCUAUAAUUUGCUUUGCCAAUGGAAGGAUACAAAUACAUACGAUGAUGAAGCUACGGUGCUGAAAAAUGCAUUAGUUGGACAUGGACUUGAGCGAUUAUGGAAAAAAUUGAGUGAUGAGAGAUAUGAAGCAACGGAAGUUCCUGACAAAACAUUGAAUCGUAUUUUGUGGAACAUCGGUGGUGAAAAACAAAUUCGAAGUUUCUCUCGUGAACUUCUACGCGACACGCAGGAGCCUCAAUUGGAAUGGUUUAGAAAUGAUAGUGAUGUAAUAAAGGAUGCUACGAAUUUCUUGAGGCAAUGGUGUGACAAAGAACACAAAGAAAACCAAAUAGUCCAACUAAGUUUAGCUCUAGAAAGAGCCAAAUUUAAGUCAUUAGACAGACAAUUUUUCGAAGGUGAGUUAAAAAAAGACAUCUUUUUCUUCUAAUGAACUGCUGAUAGAUGAAAGCUAAAGCAACAAAUUCACAACGGCGAAUAUAUACAUACAGCAAAAACACACACAUCUAAAUAUUAUAUAUAUAUGUAUUUAUAUGCACACACACACACAUAUAUACAGUGCGUAUC